GUACACUAACUUCAGCAAGGAUGAUUAGUCUGUAAUCUAAGAAACCCAGCAUCACGCAAGAUCUGACACAGAGAGAGAGGAAAUAGGCAAGCAGCCUGUUUGUGUGUUCUACCUGAUCAUACUGUCAUCUCGCUCCCUCACAAAAAGGCAUUCUGAAUCUGCCCUCCAGAGACCUUAAGGACAUAGUUACAAGUCAAAUUCGAAAUUAAACAGAGAGACUAAUAACAUUUCCUAAAAAAAAAAUGUUACCUAAGCAAUUUAUAUUUGGAGGUUUCAUAACACUGUUCUUUGCUGCAGGAUGUUGGCUGCAGUACUUACAUAAAUACCCUAAACCCCAAGAAGUCGUGGAGAAAAACAUUGAUAAUAUCACAGCAAUAAAACUGAUGGAGAAAUCAAUAGAACUCAAACACUGUGAGAGGAAACUGCUGCUGCAAGACAGGAAGGAUAUUGGAAGAAAAGCUGCCCUGCAAGUUCUCACUCCAUGGCUCGCUCCAAUAGUCUGGGAUGGCACAUAUGACAGUAGAAUUUUACAUGAACAGUUUAAAGGAAAACAAAUUGGGCUCUUUGUUUUUGCUGUGAAAAAGUACAUUGUAUUUCUUUUGCCUUUUCUGGAGUCAGCAGAACGGCACUUCAUGGUUGGUCAUAUGGUCAAGUAUUAUGUCUUCACAGAUAAGGUAGAAGAUGUCAAAAAGCCUACACUAGGUAAAGAUCGUGUUUUAUCUGUGCGCAAGGGGGAUGCAGACAAGCGAUGGCAGGAUGUAUCCAUGAGACGUAUGGAGGUCCUCAGUAAAUUGACACAAGAUCCGGAUUUACAGGAUAUAGACUAUUUGGUAUGUGCAGAUGUAGAUAUGGUGUUCAAUGAUCAUGUGGGGGUAGAGAUGCUUGGGGACUUGGUGGCCACUGUGCAUCCUGCAUUGUUUCUUGUAGAACCCGAAAACUUCCCAUAUGAACGUCGACCAAUAUCUGCAGCUGCUAUACCCAAGGGAGAAGGAGACUUUUACUAUAUGGCCGCAUUCUAUGGUGGAAAAGUCCAAGAAAUUCAUAAACUAACCACCGCCUGCCAAAAAGGCAUCAUUUCUGACAAGGAAAAGAACAUUGAAGCAGCAUGGCAAGAGGAAUCACAUCUUAACAAGUACCUAGUUGAUCAUAAACCUACUAAAGUACUGUCUCCAGAAUAUAUUUGGGAUAAUAAUCUGCCUAAUGGGGAUCUAGUAAAGAGGAGGAGAUUCUUGGCUGUACCAAAGAACCACCAAGAAAUAAGGAACUGAAACUAUUUCAACAGCAUAAAUUAGACAUAACAAGGCAGUCUGACAAAAAAUGUACUAUUAAAUUAUCAAACUACUUACAGUUAGUGAGGGGUAAGUAUUGAUUGGUAUGGGAUUGUUAAUAAAUUCAGUAUGUUGGAAUGACGUAAACACAUAUGCAAGGACUACUAAUUAAUUAUGUUUAUUUAAUAAGGAGCUGAUGAUUUUAAAUACCCAUUAUGCUUUCAGUUAUGGACAUUUCAAAUUUAUUAAAAUAUUUAAAAACUAUUUUAAUUGAGAAGGUUUUUCCACUUUUACAAUAAAAUAAUAUAUAUUUUUACAGAGUGACAAUUAUUUUAAUAGCUAUGAGUAUUUAGUCUUGCUCAAAUUGUUAAGGAAUACCAUGAUUCUCUAUUCUAGUCCACUAGAAGAGCUCUACAAAGUGUCUUAUAUAGCUUUUCAUAAUGUUUUAAAAUUGUUUUCAAAUGAUAGACCAUUAAGGCCCAUUUGAAAAACCAUUAGUAGCUCUAUUCAAUUUUUCAUAAAUGUCUUUACUUUUUAAAUUCAAAUACCUUGACCACUUGAAAACUCAUAGGGGCAUAUCUAUCAAGCUCUGUAUGGCACUUGAUGCCGAAACAGAAGUUAUGAAGCAGCGGUCUAAAGAUCCUUCUGCCUGAGACGGCGGACAGAAAUCAACCUGAUCGAAUACGAUCAGGUUGAUUGACACCCCCUGUUAGCGGCCGCGAUUGGCCACAAAUCUGCAGGGGGCGGCAUUGCAUUAGCAGUUCACAAGAACUGCUGGUGCAAUGAUAAAUGCAGACAGCGUAUGCUGUUGGCAUUUAUCGAUGUGCGGCGGACAUGAUACGCUACUUCGUAUCAUGUCCGCUCGCACAUUGAUAAAUAUGCCCCAUACUGUCUUGUUUAGAACACUAUGGGGUAGAUUUAUUAACUGUCAAGCGUUCAUGAUUCGACCUUUUACACCAAGCUACUUUAAUCAUACUGUCUUUAUAUUCACUACUCUCUUUCAUCACCCUUAUAUACCCCCUCUCUCACCCCAGCUAUUACUUUCCCCCGUUUCUUCCUUUAUCACUAUCCCAUUUCCUACACUGUCUGUUCCUCUAUCUACAUCUCCCUAUCUCACUCCCCAUGUCACUCCAUUUAUCAUAUAACUUCUUGCAGAUCGUUUUUCUCACCUUCUCACACCUCUUAUUUCACAUUCUCAUCUUCCCUCUCUCUCCCCCUCUAUAUGUCUGUGUGAGUUAUUAUGAAUAUGGUGUUCUAAUGCACAUUAUGCGUAUAGAAUGUUGUGUGUAUAAAGCAAAUAUCUUAAUAUAUUUCUAUAGGGCUCUAGCUUGUCUGUCCAUCUCUCCCAAUCAACUACAUAGCAAAACUUCAUCUGAUUAAAAGGACAAAAAAAAACCCUCAUCCUUUUGAGUAAAAAUUGUGCUUGUCUAACUCUCUCUAGGGAAGUUAAAAAGCAAUUUCUGUAACCAGUAUUUUCUUUAAAAUUAUGCAAAUUGCCUAAAACACCUAGGACCUGCUGAUCUCCUCUGGGGAGUUAUUUAAGAAGCCUCAUCAGUACUCCAAACAAUUUUAUAAAGACACAUUUUAGCUUGAGAGCUGUUUCUCACAAUGCAGGAUUCUGUAUGUAACGGACACCUACAUUACAAUUCAGUGCUAAAAAAAAUUAAAGUUUUUGUGGGAUAUCUUUCCAUGAUGAGGAGUUUUUGGUUAUUUGUUUCUGCCUGUAAUAAGUCUAUUUUUGGAAUUUAAUUUUGAGCUGUUUACUAGAUUCCUCAGUUAAGAUCCCCUUAAAGUGCAUGUAAAGUCAACCUACUUGCUCUGCAUCAUAGUGUGUAAUUUCGAAAAUAAAAGUGAGUUUCAUUCAUCAAAAUCUCUAAAUCAAAAUCUAAAAAGAAAUAGUUAAUAAUUUAGGUUGUAUUCUUAUAGGCGAUUCCUCCGCCCGCCAUUAUGGUCCCACAUUAUUUUGAUGAUUGACACUUCUAUUUAGAACUAUUUUCCUCACCCCCGGGGCGUCAGGCCAGUUGUUCCCUACGUCACGCGUAUCUACUGCGCAUGCGCAAACUACCCGAUGACGUUACCAACUUAGUGCAUUACCAACUCAACUUUGUUACUGAGUAUUAACGCAUGCGCGAUGUGAAACGAGGUGCCGAGGUUUAGUGUAUUGAUUGCUUAACGCAUGCGCGUAUUGUCAUCCAAAUAGUAAACGCAUGCGCAAAUGAGAGCCCUGAUCGGGAAUACGAUUCAAACUGAUGUCAUCAAGUGGGUGGUAGAUAUUAAAAUAAUGCAGGGGGAAAAACAGGAAGAAGACGUUUGGGAGGAGUUCAAUGCAUAGAGCGGAGAUAAGUUUAUAGAUAAAAAUAACAAUAAACAUAAUUUAUUUUAAAAUAAUAUUAUUGCGGUUUCAAUAUUUAUAAGAUUGUGAACAAGUAGGUAACAAUUAAUAAGCAAAAAUUUACAUUCACUUUAAAUAAGACUUUCAAUGCUCCCCAUAUGUAUGUAAAGGUUGACUAGUUGUGACUAGUUGUGCCCUUAUAGAUGCUAAUACAUUUUGUGAUUUUAUCUUGUAAUUGUUGUAAAAAUAAAGAAUGUUUUAAUAGUAACAAA